CUGAGAGAGGGCUAUGCUCCUUUCUGCAAGCACCUGUUCGUCCCCUGCUUCCUCCCCGGGGCCAAAGCAGAGGCUGUGCCCAUCACCGACGACAACCGCCACCUCCUCCGCAGCGAGUACCAAGCUCGCACAGCUGACGAGCUGCCGGUGCUUGUGCGCUGGUUCCCUCAAAAGGCAGUGGAGGCGCCUGACGCCACGUUUCUCGACCUGAUCCUCUACUCGCGCGAGCAGAUCAUCAAAGAGACAGAGGUCACUCCUGCUGCUGCUGGGAAAGAUCUGACGAGACACAGGCAAUGGGGAAAGACGUGA